AACUGGCCAUGGCCACCAUCGGGGACUUCGACCCGCUCACCUCCACCGUGCCUGCCACCAAGAUAGAGAUCACCGUGUCGUGCAGGAACCUGCUGCACAUGGACACCUUCUCCAAGUCAGACCCAGUGGUGGUGCUCUACCUGCAGGGGCUGGGGACCAAGGAGUGGAGAGAGUUCGGUCGGACGGAGGUCAUUGACAACACGUUGAACCCAGACUUUGUGAGGAAGUUUGUGUUGGAUUUCUUCUUUGAAGAGAAACAAAAUCUACGCUUUGACGUGUACAACGUUGACACCAGAAGCUCCAACCUCUCCAAACAUGACUUCCUGGGUCAGAUGUUUUGCACGCUGGGGGAGAUCAUCGGAUCCACUGGAAGCAGACUGGAGAAAACACUUUCUGGGAUUCCGGGGAAGAAAUGUGGAUGCAUUGUGUUUUCUGCUGAGGAGCUCAGUAACUGUAGGGACAUCGCCACCAUGCAGCUCUGUGCCAACAAGCUGGACAAGAAGGACUUCUUCGGCAAGUCGGACCCCUUCCUGGUGUUCUACCGCAGCAACGAGGACGGGACAUUUACCAUCUGCCAUAAAACAGAGGUGAUCAAGAACAACCUGAAUCCUGUGUGGCAGUCCUUCACCCUCCCAGUGAGGGCCCUCUGCAACGGGGACUACGACCGGACCGUGAAGGUGGACGUGUUUGAUUGGGACAGAGAUGGAAGCCAUGACUUCAUCGGGGAGUUCACCACCAGCUACCGAGAGCUGUCAAGGGGUCAGAGCCAGUUCAACGUGUACGAGGUUCUGAAUCCAAAGAAGAAAGGGAAGAAGAAGAAAUACGUGAACUCAGGGACGGUAAGCUUUUGAGAAAAACACUGAGGUUUCACUCAGAGACGGCAGAUUGUAAUGAGGCACAGCACCUCAUAUCUGUCUAUACGAUACCAUGAUUUGAGAUUAAAUCCCCUGUAUGGAGAUAUGAAG